AGGGCGCGUGCGCGAGCUGUGCUUGCUGUGGUGCGGGCCCGCCGGGCUGCGUACAGUCGCAGUCCCGCAGGCCGUGUGUGAGACGGCGAGAGGUCACGGCGCGGAAGGCGGGGCGCGGGCAGCAUGGCAACCUCCUUGGGGUUCCGGGGAGCAGCCUCCGGCCUCUGGUACUGGAGCGGCCGGCUGCGGCCCGUGGCCAACCUUGCAGCGGUGUGUUCUAGGUCAAUGGCUUCUAAGACUCCAGUUGGAUUCAUUGGACUGGGAAACAUGGGAAAUCCAAUGGCGAAAAAUCUCAUGAAGCAUGGCUAUCCACUCAUUCUCUAUGAUGUGUUCCCUGAUGUGUGCAAAGAAUUUAAAGAGGCUGGCGAGCAGGUAGCGUCCUCCCCAGCAGAUGUAGCUGAAAAGGCCGACAGGAUCAUCACCAUGCUGCCCAGCAGUAUGCAUUCGGUAGAAGUUUAUUCUGGAGCAAAUGGGAUCUUGAAAAAAGUGAAGAAAGGCUCAUUAUUAAUAGAUUCCAGUACUAUUGAUCCUUCAGUUUCAAAAGAAUUGGCAAAAGAAGUUGAGAAGAUGGGAGCUGUUUUCAUGGAUGCCCCUGUUUCUGGUGGUGUAGGAGCUGCUCGGUCUGGAAACCUUACAUUCAUGGUGGGAGGAGUUGAAGAAGAAUUUGCUGCUGCCCAAGAGUUGCUGGGAUGCAUGGGCUCCAAUGUGGUGUACUGUGGAGCUGUUGGGACUGGGCAGUCCGCAAAGAUCUGCAACAACAUGCUGUUGGCUAUAAGUAUGAUUGGAACCGCCGAAGCUAUGAAUCUUGGAAUCAGGUCAGGCCUUGACCCAAAACUGUUAGCUAAGAUCCUGAAUAUGAGCUCAGGACGAUGCUGGUCCAGUGACACUUACAAUCCUGUACCCGGGGUUAUGGAUGGAGUCCCCUCAUCUAAUAACUACCAAGGUGGAUUUGGAACAACACUUAUGGCUAAGGAUCUGGGAUUGGCUCAAGACUCCGCCACAAGCACCAAAAGCCCCAUCCUCCUAGGAAGCGUCGCCCAUCAGCUGUACAGGACAAUGUGCGCAAAGGGCUACGCGAACAAAGACUUCUCCUCCGUGUUCCAGUAUCUGCGGGAGGAGGAGGCCUUCUGA